AGUGCCACAUCAGCAGUGCCACAUCAGACACAGUGCCACGUAAGCAGUGCCACGUCACCAGUGCCACAUCAGCAGUGCCACGUCAGCAACAUGACGGGCCUGCCAGGCCAACUGGCCAAUGAGUCCAUUGCCGCCUACAAGCAGCGUUGCCUGGCUGAGAUCGAGGCUGAGGAACAACGCCAGCUGGCAGCCGAGGCUGCCCGCGUACAGGCUGAAGAGGCAGCAGCAGCAGAGAAGCUGCGACUACAGGCCGAUGCAGACGCAGAUUCCCAGGCUCGCCGCAAGGAAGCCCAGGAUCUGCUACAGCGGCAUGAAGCCACAAGCAUCGACAGACUCAAGUUCUGGCACUUUGAACCAAACGGCGACGAGGCAACACCGGAAGAGCAGCAUAAGGAGUUCCUCUCCAAACUCGUGACACGGUUGUUGUAUGCUUGCAACUACCAACGAUCAGAGUUGGAGAGACAGUACCAGGACCUGACACAACAGCAUCAGGAGUUGGCGACGCUCCGCCGCAUAGUGCAGGGCCACGAGGAUGCAACUCGGGCACUCAAUGCCCGAUUGCUGGACCUGGAACAGGCUGUACCAGGACCAGCUGCUGGGGCUUCCAGCAGUGCACCCUCUAGCCGCCAACUGGAGGAACGUGUUGACCACGUAAUGGCAAUGCUCGGCGACAUCAGCACCUUCGCUGCGCCGGCCACCAUCAGCAGUCAGCUGCAUACCUUGCAGACCGAGGUCCAGCAGCUGCAGUCGACGAACACGGAUGACAAUCCGAAGUUGUACAAAAUGCCAACUUUCCAACUGGAAAAGUUUGACGACUAUACGCAGCAGGAUCCGGUCCUCUGGUGGGAAGCAUUCACAACGCAACUCAGGAUUCUGCCAGUAGCCAAGCAUGCGUACAUCGGCGCCCUGUUCCUGAACUCAAAGGGCGGAUGCCAGACCUGGUUGAUCCACCUGGCAACUUCCCACGGCGUCGACGUACCAGAUUUAAGAGAGAAGAUCACAUGGGAAGAACUGACACGGCUGUGGAAGAAGCGGUUCAUCGUUGACGACGCCCCGACACUCGCCAUCAACCGUCUGUUCACCAUGUCACAGGGCAACACUGCAACACGGGACUGGCUCACGGAGUGGCAGAAGAUUGCGGCAGUGCCCAAUCUGGAUCUGCCUUUCACUCAUCUCAGACGUGAGUUCUACAACAGGUCCUGUGCUGCAUUGAGCCAGGCUCUUGGUGAUCGCGAGCAGUACUCCACUUUCGCCGAGAUUAUCGACAAGGCGAGAAGGAUCAUCAAGACCAACAGGUCAGCUGCACACGAGAAAUCAACAUGGCCGCCGACCUAUGUGGAGAAGGCACGAACUGGUCCGCGGCAGCAGCACUUCGGUGCAGUCCAGUCGGACGGUGGAGAUAACCCAGCAGCCACUCCAGCAUCAAGUGACGGAGAUCAGGUGACUGUUGUCCAGCCGCGAAGCAACAACAAGUCCCGCAACAAUGGGAAGGCGAAAUCCGCAUCGCAGGCAGGAAAUGGACAGCCGAUACAAGUUCUAUGGGUCAAGUUCGGCUUGACCGAGGCGGAGUACAAGGUCCGCGGCCGCUAUGGCAGCUGCUAUUGGUGCAACAACACCAAGCACAAGACCUCCCUGUGCCAGGAUCGGGGCAAGGAGGAUGUGCGACCCCGCCUCAGCUCGGGAAACUGAGCUCCGCGGAAGGUGAGGCGACUCCACCUUCCACUCCGCCAGAUUCGGCCGCUUUGCUAG